UACAUUGACGUCAAGAUCUUUACUAAGAUUAGGGUUUCAUUUCUCUAUUGCAGCAAUUAGCUAGGGAAUGUAUAAAAGGCUUCAGGGAAGCAAGCUAGGGCUGCAGAGGGGAAAGCACUUUGCACCAUAAGCAGAUAGGUACAGAGUAAAAAAGGGAGCUGAAGGUAUCCAGCUGAAGACAAGCAGUGAGGAAGAUGGGUCUGCUGAGUGUGGAUUUGCUGAUCACGCUUCAGAUCUUGCCGGUCUUUUUCUCCAAUUGCCUCUUCCUUGCGCUGUAUGACUCUGUGAUCCUCCUGAAGCACAUGGUGCUAUUUCUGAGCCGGUCUAAGUCCGGGCGCGGUGAGUGGCGGAGGAUGCUGACUUCGGAGGGGCUGCGCUGCGUCUGGAACAGCUUCCUCCUGGACGCCUACAAGCAGGUCAAACUUGGAGGAGAAGCCCCAAACUCCAGUGUAAUACACAUAGCCAAGGACAGUGAUGGCAACAGUAGCAGCUGGAACAGUGUCAGUGGGAGGUGUGGAACCAAAUGUCACCUUCUGGAUUUUGCCAACUCUGAGCGGCCACUGGUGGUCAACUUUGGUUCAGCUACCUGACCACCAUUCACAAGCCAGCUGUCGGCCUUCAGCAAGCUGGUGGAGGAGUUCUCCGGUGUGGCUGACUUUCUGUUGGUCUACAUUGAUGAGGCUCACCCAUCAGAUGGCUGGGCUGCCCCUGGAAUAUCUCCCGCUUCAUUUGAAGUCAAGAAACACAGGAACCAGGAAGACCGAUGUGCAGCUGCUCACCAGCUCCUACAGCGCUUUUCCUUGCCACCUCAGUGCCAUGUGGUGGCUGACUGCAUGGACAACAAUGCCAAUGUGGCAUAUGGGGUUUCAUUUGAGCGAGUAUGCAUUGUGCAGAGACAAAAAAUCGCCUAUCUGGGAGGCAAAGGCCCCUUUUCCUACAAUCUGCAGGAGGUUCGGCUUUGGCUGGAACAAAAUUUCAGCAAAAGAUGAAAUCCAUUCUCUACAGAAGCUAUGUCAAUAGAUGUAUCCCUUUAAGGUGAUGUAAAAGGGAAAAAUAAUACGCUGGUUUGAAUAAGACCUUUCAGAUGAUUGCAGGAGAACACAUUUGAUAACAAGGUCAAAUGAAUGUUAACUAGGAAAAGAAAAUAAAAGAAAAAACUAGCUCCACAGAGACAUCAUUGUAAGGAAAAAAAUCCCACUCCUCUGCUCGCUGCAGGACAGAAGAAGUGAAGAGGCUUCUGUGAGAAGGUGCUGAUGGCAAGCAGGAAGAGUGAUGGAUAAGACCUGUCUCCCAGGAACCUGUCUCAUGAAGUGGUGGCCCUGUGGUGAGCCAGAAGCAUUGCUGCUUGGAAGGCAAUCCAUGCAAAGGCAAUGUCAUGCAUUUCACCAGAAAUGCGUCUUUAUCCUCCUGUGGCCAAUGCAGGAGGCCCGGGAGGAGCCAGGGGGCUUGCAAUGAAGUGUGGCAACUGUUAUCUAGAGAUUUUCUUGUUCAGAGACUACAGGAACCACCAUGCAAUGCAUUGUGCAGGCAGACUAGCUGCUCAGAUCGAGAUCAAACAUUGUAUGCUGGUAUUUGUACUCUCUAUGGAUGCCUCUGCACAGCAUAUUACCUAUAUAAUUCUACCUAUAUGUUUGUAUCCAGUACGUGGGCCUGUGCCUGGAGUUGGACCAGACACAGGUGAUCAAAUAAGUCCAUUACAAUUUGAAAACUAGAAAACCUGGACUGUUUGUAACAAAACAACAAGAGACAUCUAGAGCAUGCAUCACAGUACAAAACUCAGAUGAUGAAAACCAACCCUCUGUUCUCAGAGCUGACAACACACAUUUAUCAAUUUUCCCUGGUUUUCUUCUCUGUUUCCUUACUUUUCCUCGAUCUCUUUCUGUCUAGCAAUAGGCUUGAAGGUAAUUUCAUUUUUAGCUAUUGAAAAGAUAACUUAUUUCUCUCUUUUAUUUUUAUUUGAGGUAAUGAUAUUACAGAUAUAUUUUGGGGACAGGGGAACAGAUACACAACUUUACCUCAUUGAAAUGGAAACCUACCAUGUCAUUUACCCUGUUAAAUGUAGUCAUAUUAAGUUUUGCUGUCUUAGAUAUCUGCAACUGGUUUAGCUACAUUAUUUUGUCUGGAAGUUAAGUUGUUUGCAGCCUCAGAGUUGAUUAGCUACAGUUCUGCUAUCAGAUGAGGUGACAGUCUGUUCGUUUUACUUGUGUUCUCAAGAGCCUUCCCAGAGAAACAGGAAGGACACACAGUGUGAAUUAAUGUGAAAAAGUGUAAAAGGUGGCAGAAUUGUCAUAUAAAUGGGUAUGAGGAAUUAUUAGUUAUGUUUAAAGAGAUACUGUCAGAGUAUACAUUAAGUUCAGGUAUUUCUAAAACUAAAAAAUAAUUUAAUCAAACCUGAUGAAAAGGCAAGUUUGCAAUGAGCUAACCCAUUGGAGCUGACAAAUGAAAAUCCAUAAGUAGAUGGACUAUCCCAGUUUUCUCUCAGCUUUGGCAGAAACAUGAAAGAGAUAAACAGGGUAAGUGGCAAAAAUCAAAUUAGUUCUUUUUAUUUCUCAUCCUGCCUGUUGUCAGUAACAGGGUGUGUUGAUACUAACACACGAAAGAACAGAAAAUGCAUACAUAAAUAUUUUCAUUUUCAUUAUGUCCCUUCAAUACUGUGCAUUUAUUCUUGCUUGGCUGUUGGUCAACUUAGCCACUGUACUAGGCAUUUGGAAAUGUGUUUUCAAGCACAGAUCUGAAAUAAUGACAGGAACAUGAGUGAUUUCUACCAUAUUCAGGUUCAUGCUUCCCUUCCUUCUCACAUUUUCCUCCACACACUGUUAAACAUAUACACACACAUUUUUACACAGUUUGGUAAUGUGUAGCAAAUAAGGGUGUAAAGAACGGCCUUCAGACCUUCUGGUGAGCCCCACUGCUCAGGAGGCGUGUGUCUCCAUGUGUGUGUAUAUAUGUAAGUAUGCAUUUAUGUAUGCAUAUAUAUGUAUAUCAUAUAUUUUAUGUAUAUAUAUACAUAAAUAUGCACACAUAAAUGGUGGCUAAGAUUGCCAAUAAUAAUUAUUCUGUCCUCCCAUUAAUUCAUGUUACUGUAACUCAUUGUUCAGUGUGAAAGAUAGUUAUAUGUUUUCAUGACUAACUGGGGUGUAUAACUGAAAUAUUUAAACCUAAUAUCAUAGGAACAGUAACAUAGCCAAACUGCAUGAUUUAUUUAAUCCAGUCUCCUACCUCUGGCUGUAUCAGAUGCUUCAGGGGAAGGUGCAAUAAUUUCUUCCGGAACUUUCAUUAGCUUCAGCCCCUAUUAUUUUUGUCUUGUCUAGUGUGAUUGCUAAAGUCUCAUCAUCCCUGUGAGAGGCUGGUCCUGAGUUUUGAGAUCUAAAUAGCUCUUGAGUUGGGGAAUGCUAAAAUCAAAACACAUCAUGUUUAAGAGCAAAGAAAAACAAAUAAACACCUUUAUAUAUAUGUUUUUUUUUUCCCCCAGAUUUAAAUUGGCUGCUUUUCAAUGUUCUCCUCUCUUGCUCUUGUAUGCUAAAACAUUAUAAAGAAGUGAUCCCAAUUUUUCAUCUGUAUGUCAGUGACUAUAUACUUUAUACAGAAAUUUAUAUAUCUUUUGUUUGUUUCUUAAACCAAUCAAUAAUUCACACUCUUAUACAGGUUCAUAUUCUUUGCCUGUCUCUGGGUCUCUUCUGAUUUUGCUAUACUGUCCUUUUACUCAGGUGAAUAAAGCUGUAGAUGUUAAACCAAGUGAAAGUAUGUAUUGUCACACCCAGCACAACACCUUUCUCUUACUGUAUCUUAUUCUUCAGUCAUCUGAAACUUUAUGAAUCCAUACCAACUCUGUAGCCUUUGUAAAAUUUAAACUAGUAAGCCUUUUCUUUCUUCUCUUCCCCAUCAUGCAGUUGAAGUCUGAACUGUUUAUACAGGAAAUGCUAACCAAAUGUUUAGCACAGCUGUUGAAACAUACCUUUAGCUCAAAGGAGAGAGUCUGAGUUAGUAGUUCAGUUAGUUAAUACAGUUUUGCAUAUCUAAAGUUACAGUUAUUUUUCAAGUGCCUUUUCUCCUUCCUUUUGGAUUUCCAUUAUUUUGUUCUGUUAUUCAUAGGUGUCUAUUCAGCACAUAGUAUAAAGGAAUUAUAGAAUUGGCUCCUGUAAAUGGGAAACACACAAUGAUUUUCCACAAGAAAAAAUACACAAUAACCUCAUUUAUUUCUUGGCAAUAUCAGUUCAAUGCCCUGCCCAAAACUUAAUGAUAGUUCAACCUCACUGAUUAUCAAGACAGGAAUACAUUUUACAAAUCCUUAAAAUUCCCCAGAAAGUUUGUGGUCAGAAAGCAGGGAAAGUAUUUCAAAGAGAAGAAAAAAAAUAUCUUUUCAAAAUGGGCAAUAGAAAUAAAAGCUGCUUGCUUUUUUUUUUUAUAUUUUUUUUUUUUCCUACAGAAUUGAAACAUCUUAUAGAAAUGGUUUUUAAUUAAACAUCAUGCGUUGUCCUCAGUUAAUGAUAGAAGUGGCCAUAUAUCAGAUACUCAGAAUUAUUGUAAUAGUGGGUUGAUUUGGGUCCAGACAGACAUUUUGCUACUUUGCUAGCAUCGUACUUCACAAUUGGUGUAGUCUGUUAAGAGGCUGAAUUUGCUUCUGUCUCCUGUUCUCACUUUUUGCAGGCACUAAACCAUAUUCCUUGAGGUGCUUCACUGUAACAUACAUAGUGAGCAAUAGCUCACAGAAUAGGUGCCUGAAAGUAUUCUGGAAGGCUACUGUACAUAAUAGAGACCCUAAUACUGUGGCUGAACAGUAGUAUGGGAAACUUCCAGUACUUUUUCAUUUUGAGCAAAGUAAAAAGGUAUUCUGGGCUAUCAUCCUACAUUGUUCUGUGCUUAGCAUCAUUAUUUGGCACUGUAUAAAAUGAAUGUAAAACAUUUUGUACAGAUGAAAAAGAUAGCAUUUUGCUCUUGCUUAUAUAGACAAUGACAAAUCUAAAGCAGUAGGAAACCAUACCCUGUUAAAAUGAAAGAAAAGUAUUACAAGAUAUAUUGUUGAACAGCUAUCUGAAAAACGAAACGCAAUCAUUUUUAUGAAGGUGAUUGGGGCGGGAAAACCCACAAAGCUUCUCAAAGAGGUAUCAGUGCUAUGCAUUCAGGUGUGUGUAGAGGGAGGUUAUUUUUCUGUAUGUGUAAAAGUGACUUUUCUGUGAUGUGGAGUGUAGGUUUAAGAGUUUUUAAGACUUUCAUUCAAUACUAUAACCAAAGCAAUAAGAGGUAUCAGGUAGGGAAUAUUGGCCAGUUUUGUUCAACUCUACACCAUGUCUGUGUUGGAUCCAUAUUCAGUGACCUUUGGGCCCAAUUUGGAGACUUCAGACAAGAGAGACUGGGGUGAGACAGUGAAGGCUUGUGUGCUUAUGAAGAUCGCUAACAAAAGAGUAAUUAACUCAGUUGGUGUUUGGAUGUCCUCACACUAGCAUUCCUCUGUGCACCUUAGUGUUUCUGUAUUUGAAAGAGGUCUCUUUGGGUCCAUUAAUAAGAUCGCCAGGGUGUAGAUGCCUGUGUGUACUGACUACGUGUGUGUCAUUGUUUAAAUGUCAAAAAAACACUUUGUAGGAGAGCCAGCAACAUUUUGUUACAAUAUGGUGCUCCAUGAAAUGUGCUUUCUAGAAUUGUUUCUCUUGUACUAUAAUAAAUAAUAAAGGAAAAUACA